AUGGGCACGCCGUGCACAACUCCCGAAGUGGGCGACUCGGCGGCCGCCCUGGAAGACGAAUCAGUGAACAUCACUUUGAACAAUCUCGCAGGAUCUGUCGUUUGGGGCCCGGAAAAUGUUCCUGCACGCGAGCGCAUCGAGUCCCUGCGGCUUCUCGUGGCUCGCGGCAUGCGGAAGCAGCCCCACCGGAUCCAACUGGACGGCGAAGUCCUCAAGGGCGAGUCGACUCUGGCAUCUCAGGGUCUCAAAGGUGAGGUCCAGCUGCAGGUGGUGACACAGGAUUUCACCGAGAACAUCAAGGAGAUGCAGGCUUCCAUGGGCGUGAAGAUUACGCCUGGCCUGUCCGAUGAAGAAAUCAGGAAAGCCGAGGCGAAGUUUGGCUUUACCUUCCCACCCGAGUUGAGGGAAUUUCUGCAAGUUGGUCUGCCAGAGGCGGAGGGGUGGCACAACUGGCGUAAACUCAUCCAGGAUGAGGUAAUCGUUGGGUCCACAGCCGACACGGUUUCCCAGCAGAAGGAGUGGCAUGCCACGCCCGAAGAGGAAGGAGAUGUUCCGGACGCAAUCUGGGAGUUUGUAAAGAGCCGGAACCUGGAGGAUGUCCGGAAGCAAGCUUCGCUGCAUGCUUUGGUUCCCAUUCGUGGCCUCAUCCCAGAGGAGCUGCUUCAAGAGCAGAUGUUCACAGUCUUCGAAGACGCUCAGGUUCUCCGGAACUCUCUUCACACCUUCGUCGCAAAGUCUACGGAAAAAGAUGAUGCACUGCACUUAGGUUUCCGUACCUCGCGCUGCUGGCUGAAGCCUUUGACACAUCAUGACACAUCCAUGUCCAUGUCCAAAUUCGAGAAGGUCGGGCAACUGCUGAUCUUGGCUACCUAUGCACAAGCGUUCUGGUAUGCUGGCUUCAUCAUGGAUGACACGGUAGGUGUUUCCAGGAAUCCAAAUGUGGUUGGGGAGACUUUCUCCUUCAACGAGCUGAUGCGAAGAGACUUCUGGGGCCUUCCGAUGCACGGGUCGGGCUGGACCAACAAGUCGUUUCGGCCUCUCACCACGCUGACAUUCCGAUGGAACUAUCUUCUGCAUGGGCUCGAUUCGUCCGGAUUCCACGUGACGAACGUGUUCCUUCACAGCUUGACAUCGCUUCUCGUAGGACGCACGGCGACGGUGGCUCUGGGCUUUCCGGGCUCCUGGGCAGCCGUGGCUUCUGUCUUCUUCGGGAUCCAUCCCGUACACACAGAGAAUGUCCUCUACCUCGUCUGUCGUGCAGACAUCCUAGCCUGCCUUCUGGGGCUGAUGGCCAUAAAUGCUUACGGCAUGUUCUUCAGCCCGCCUGGUUCCUUGAGGCCUCUUUGGACGAGCCUCCGAGUGCGGCCUUUCGAUUCGCACUGCUUCAGCCCCUCUCUGGGCGAAGGUGCGUCUCAGAAUCCGGUUUGGCUAGCCGUGCCGGUGGCACUGAUCAUCGCCAGCGGCUUGUGCAAGGAGUCCGGCUUCACACUGUUCGCAAUUCCUUUCUUGAUGGAGCUGCUGGACUUCCUGACAGCACAGGCCCUAGCACGUCAUCACAAAGAGCGUAUGGGACGACGUGUCAUUCGGCGCUUGAGGCUACGGGUUGGACUACUGCUGGCCAGCACCAUCUGUGUCUUCGUCGCCCGCUAUCGCCACACUGGGGGAACCAAGCUGAACAUGUCGCCACAAGACAAUCCCAUCAGCUUCGAGUCGGAGUGGAAGGCCAGAGUGCUGUCCUACUCUUUCCUGCAUGGCGUGUACAUGCGGCUGUUGGUCUGGCCACAGUAUCUGUGCUACGACUACUCCAUGGAUGCCAUCCCGAUUGUGCGUGAGAUGACGGAUUGCCGAAUGCUCCUGCCAUUGGCCGCCUAUGUGGGUGCAAUCGGAACUGUCAGCUUCCUCAUGCAGCUUCCGGCCCGGCAUCGACGCGCUGGUCUCAUCGCGCUCGCUUUGCUGGUUGUUUCCUACCUCCCGGCUAGCAACAUCCUCUUUCCAGUAGGUACUGUUGUAGGAGAGCGCCUGCUCUAUGUGCCAUCUGCUGGCUUCUGCCUUGUUGUCAUCGUGGUGCUGCACUCUUACCUUCAGGGUGCUCAGAGUAGACCGUGGGUGCUGCCGCGACGCCCAGAGCAGAACGGCACUCGGCACAUCAGUCGUGCCGGUGCUCCUCAGAUCCCUGGGCAGCAGAUCCACAGCUGGGGGGUCGGCAGCGGCCGCGCCGAGGCGAUGCGACGUGCGUUCAAGGUUGUCAUUCUGGUUUGUUCCGCAUUCGCAGCCCUCACCCUGCGCUCGGUUCUACGAGUGAGCGACUGGCAGGAUUCGGAGACCCUGUUCAUCCGGGAUGGAGAGCGUCAGCCUCACUCCAGCAAGACGCAGUUCAAUCUCGGGAUCACCUUCAUGCAGCUGCAGGAGUGGGAUGCUGCAGUCACUGCAUUGGUGCGCUGCGCUUGGGCAGAUCCGCUCAGCUCACUGCCGUUCUUCCGGAUUGGACAGAUCGAGAUCCUCCGACAGCGCUUCGAAUCGGCGGAGCGUUGGCUUUCUGCCGCGAUUGAGAAGUUUGGUGCAAGCCUGAUGGUUCGCGAUGAGGAGGCCAUGGAAUCUCAGCUUUUCUCGCUCGACGAGCAGUUGGCAACUUUGGAACGGGAGUGCGGCUGCCCUCGGCCCAAGCAACACCGCCUGGCCCCCAACUCCCUCCCGCGAUCGAGCUCGCGGCAGGUCCUGGCGGAACUGGCAACGACCACCCUGAGCGCAGCUAUGGCUCACUCGAAGAUGCGCUUCCGGAUGCGCUUUCAGCUGAAGACCUGGAGAAGGAGGACUCUGCAACCGGCCGGGAAGCGGUCCCUGGCCAUCCUCCAUGUGUCUCCGCGCUAUGGGAAGGUGGAUGCCAAAGUGCUGGGCCUUCAGCGGUCGCGGAACAUGAAGCAAAAGAUUGCUCAAGGCAGGUACACUCACACAUGGGGCCAGUUCAAGCAAGACGGAUUUCGGCAGGCUUUGCAGACGCCGCCGGACACGGAAGCGGCAUCUUUGAAGGAAGUGGACCUGAUUGCGUGGGAGGGUAAGCAACCAGUCACAUAUGCUCUUCGAGAUGGCUCCAGAGAGCCACUGCGCCUCACGUUCUGGGCUACGCAAGAGUCCGUGAAUUCCCUCUCUGACUGGUGCAAGUGGUUCGAGUCUUCGACAUCUCUUCCACAGCAUCCGUACCCAGUCUUGAUUCCAAGCAAGGGCCGUGCUAAAGCUGCUCACCUGAACUGGCGGGCUCCGCACUGCUUUGGCCCGGCAGCCUUUCAGAGCGACGGGCAGAGGCAAAGUCCCUCUGCCCUGGUGGUGGCCGUCGUGGAGCCGUCUGAGGCGAAAGAAUACCGUGAAGCCUGGGCGGACCUGCCCUUGCUGGUACUGCCAGAGAACGACAUGGGCCCAGCUUUCGUAAGGUGGUGCAUCCAGAAGGUCUCCUCGGCCUUUCGGAUGGAGCAGUGUCAUGAAUUGGGUGCGCUGCAGCAGAUGCGGUACUGCUGGCUGGUAGACGAUAGCAUCACCAGCUUCUACCGGCUUAAUCCUCUCUCGGACCAGUCUCUCCAGGAGGAAGAUGAGCGGCUCCAGAGUCGCGGCAUAGUUGUUCCGGCAACGUCUCUUUCCAAGCCUGCUGGGCGCAAAAGCGAGCGACGUUGCCAUGGCGCGAUGUUUGCUGAAGCCAUGCUUGCGGUGCAACAGCAAGCCUCGCGGGGAACUUGUGCAAUUUGCGGCUUCCUACGCGACGAUGGUACAGCUCCGAUGAAGUCUGCACAGUGGGCUCUGGACAGCACCUCUGUUUUCAAGGUCGUCCUGCUAAACCUGGUUGAGCUCGCCAAGCUCCAGGUGGAGUACCUGCCGCAAUUGCACUUGUUUGAGGAUGUUUGCCUCAAUGUGCAGGCAAGGAACUCCGGGGGACGUAUCUUGAAGUGUCUGCGAUAUUGCUACUGGGCAGACAACAAGACUUUUGGCGGCUGCGCAGAGCGGAGGGCUCAGAAAGCAGCGGCGCCACGGUGCACAGGGCUGGAGGAUCUAAUUCCUGCUUCUGCCUUCAUGGAGCUGACGGCCGCUGCGAAGACGGCCGUGGAGCACGUGUAUGGCUGGGUGCACCGUGACGAGGAGCGAUCGCGCCUGCGGAAGGAGGCCUUAGGCAUGCCUGCGCCCUUGCCAGCUCUAGAGACAGAGGUCUUGCCACUUACAGAAGGAAGUGAGGAAGCAACGGACAUGCAGCAUCAUGGCGUCACCUUCUUUGACGAACACUUUUUCGACCCGUUCCAGGACCUAGAUUGGUCGCAGCCUGCAUUGGAAGAUAUCCAAAUCCAGGUCAUCCAGGAUGAUCGCUCACGGGAGGUGUUCCACGACCUCGCGCUGGCCAUGUUUCAGAACGGGAAGAUCGACCAAGCAGAAACCAGGUUACAAAUCGCUCUUCAGCUCAACCCGGACUUUGCGAAGGGUUGGAACAACCUCGGCUGCUGCCUGGCUUCCAGGAUGAACUUGCACGAUGGCGCUCGAGCCGUCCGAAAAGCUGUUUCAUUGAACCCCGAUAACCCGCAGUAUUGGGCGAAUCUCGCAGUGCUGAGCCAGCAUCUGGGGGACCAUACUACUUCGCAGAGCGCCAUGAGCAAUGCCUUGCAGCUAUGGCCUUCGAUGCCGGAGCACCGAGAUUGUGCCUGGGAGUUUGCUCCAGCUUCUUAG